GACGAAGACAUGAAGGAUCCCGAGUUCAGUCCAACUCGAGUCUGGAAGCAGUACAUGAGUUGCCCUCAGAGUGUGCCCACUCUCCCUCUGCGUGGUCCGUCCUGGGACAUCACUUUGUGGACGAAAGAACAAAAAAAGCCUUUCUUCUUC